AUGUCGGUCACCCACGGUCUGGCUGACCAGUCUCAUCUCUUGGCAGAGGCCCAGAGCUUCGGCUUGCUGGAUCCCAGACUCUGCUACCUGCUGGAUGGGAUCCUCUUCAUCUAUGGCGUCAUUAUCACUGCCCUGUUCCUGAGAGCCAAGUUCAGCCGGAGCGCGGAGGCCACGGAGCACCCGCAGGGCCCCAGCCAGGUCUACAACGAGCUCAACCUCGGAAGGAGGGAGGAAUAUGACCUUCUGGAUAAGAGGCGUGGGCGUGACCCUGAGAUGGGAGGAAAACAGAGAAGGAAGAACCAGCAGGAAGGCCUGUACAAUCCGCUGCAGAGAGAGAAGAUGGCAGACCCCUACAGCGAGAUCGCGGUGAAGGGUGAGAACCAGCGCCGGAGAGGCAAGGGGCAGGACGGCCUUUACCAGGGGCUCAGCAUGGCCACCAAGGACACCUACGACGCUCUCCACAUGCAGACGCUGCCCCCUCGCUAGCAGCUCGGGAACCAGUGCCCACAGGGAGACCUGCAGAUGUCCAGAUUGUACAAGGCCCAGGAAAAAGCAUUUACAGCCCAGUUCACUCCUAUUUCUCACCACUAAAGUCCUCCUCUAUUGGAAGAGGGUGCUUCACAUUGUCCCAUUUGGUCCCAUCUAGUCCCAAACAGUCACUCACAGAAUGUCCCCCUUGCACACUGUGAGAGAAUGCAUCCCCGGACCGGGGCCUGUCCCCCCAGGAGCCUGUCUGGGGCUCUUACCUGGGGCAGCACACCCCUCAUGGCCGAGCUGUUAAGUUUGCUUUGUAAGGUCCCGGAGGAACCCCAGACGUCAGUACCGUCCAUCAGUCUG